GCUUUGCUUCACCCUUUGCAGUUUACAUGUUGAAAUAUAUGCCUCAACUAUUAGUUUCAUUUCAUGAAGUGAGUGAACGUGUAUCAAAAAUGACUGUAACUUAUACAUCUCAAGUGACCACUUCGAGGCAUUUAAGCAACUUUUUGCGGCUGUUAUGCAGAUGGCGAGGCAGUAUUUAUAAACUAGUCUGGAUGGAUUUGAUUCUCUUCCUAAUUCUUUACAUUCUUCUGACGCUUUCAUAUCGUUAUCUGAUGAAUGAAUCGGCACGCAAAACCUUCGAGGGAAUUGUUGUAUAUUGUUCGGUGUACUCAACUCUCAUUCCAUUGUCAUUUGUGCUGGGCUUCUUUGUGACCCUUGUGAUGGGUCGUUGGUGGGCGCAGUACAAGAGCAUUCCUUGGCCGGAUUCGAUUGCUCUCCUGGUUAGCUCCUCGAUACAUGGAGCCGAUGAUCGUGCUCGAGCUAUGCGGCGCACAAUCAUGCGCUACGUUUGCCUCUGCCAGGUGAUUGUGUUCACAAUGAUAUCUCCCAGUGUGAAGAAACGUUUUCCCACCUACAAUCAAAUUAUUGAGGCGGGUCUGCUGCAAGAAAACGAGAAGAGCAUCAUUGCGGUGUUGGACAUUGCAUUUCCCUACUAUCCAAAGCACUGGAUGCCAAUUGUUUGGGCUGCCAGCCUCGUGAAUCGUGCUCGCCGUGAAAACAAAAUACGCGAUGACUAUGCUGUGAAAUCUAUAAUCGAUGAGCUGAAUAGUUUCCGCGGUUGGUGUGGAUUUCUGCUCUACUACGAUUGGGUCAGUGUACCAUUAGUUUACACUCAGGUGGUCACACUGGCCUGCUAUUCCUUUUUCCUCUGCGCCAUCAUGGGUCAUCAGUGGGUUGACACGGAGAAAAGUCCCUCGAGUCAGAAUGUGAUAUUUAAAUACUUUCCAGUGCUCACAAUUCUGCAGUUCUUCUUCUACAUGGGUUGGCUAAAGGUGGCAGAGUCCUUGAUUAAUCCUUUCGGUGAGGAUGAUGAUGAUUUUGAGCUCAACUGGAUGAUUGAUCGCAAUCUGACUGUGUCUUAUUUGAUUGUGGAUGAAAUGCAUCAGGAGCAUCCGCAGCUGCUCAAGGAUCAGUACUGGGAUGAAGUCUUUCCCAACGAGCUGCCCUACACCGACGAAUCGAAACGUCCCGUUCCACCGCAAAACUCCACAGCUCGAGUGGGCGCUAAUAAAUCGAAUCUUAGUUGGGAUGAAAAAAGCAACAUAAUACAAACAUCAUCGAUAUUUCUUCCUGGUGCCAUAACCGAAUCCUUUGCGGAGCGCAAAGAUGAAGUGAGGUCCACUGGAGUCCCUCAUAAUCAAAAUACCGUGCGAUCCGAACCAAUCAACUUGCAGCCAAGUCCCACAAGUAUGAACCUGGAGGAAUUGAUCGAUCAACGCAAUCGGGAGAGACGCGAACGCAUGCGACAUCGUUACCAGGACAUGCGUUCCAAUCAUAAAGCGACUAAUAGUCGCUAUGUUCUCACUGUAUUGCGUCCGCCUUCGGUUAGCAGUAGUCAACCUCUACUUGCAGAGGAAGCUGAGGAGGAGGAGGAGGAAGAGGUGAUUCCAACAUCGGAGCCAGAGAAGAAAGAUUAAAUGUGCAACACAUUAAAGCAGAAAUCAUAGAAUUGUCCCCGACUAUCGCAAUA